CAAUGGCUACGGCCCAAAAGGAGUGAAACCAGCCGAAAGUAUAAUACCAGCGGCCACCCUGUGACUCCGCCUUCAUCUGUUCCUCGAUCUGUCGUCUUUUGCCUCUCUCUCUCUCUCUCUCUCUCUCUCUCUCUCUCUCUCUCUCUCUCUGCGGAUCCAAGAACUAGGGUUUCUGCAACGCAGAGCAAUCGCUUCUCCGCCAAUUCGGGAUGGGUCUCUGGGAGUCUUUACUCAACUGGCUCCGAAGUUUGUUCUUCAAGCAGGAAAUGGAGCUUUCCCUGAUUGGUCUUCAAAAUGCAGGAAAGACAUCUCUUGUCAAUGCAAUUGCAACAGGUGGCUACAGCGAGGACAUGAUUCCAACUGUGGGUUUCAAUAUGCGUAAAGUUACAAAAGGAAACGUGACGAUAAAACUUUGGGACCUUGGAGGACAACGAAGAUUUCGCACCAUGUGGGAGCGCUACUGUCGUGGAGUCUCUGCAAUCCUGUACGUAGUAGAUGCUGCUGAUAGAGAUAGCAUUCCCAUAUCCAAAAGCGAACUGCAUGAAUUGCUGACGAAACCAUCGUUAAAUGGGAUUCCUCUGCUAGUUCUUGGCAAUAAGAUUGACAAAUCAGAAGCUCUUUCCAAGCAGGCUUUGGUCGAUCAACUAGGUCUGGAGUAUAUCAAGGACCGGGAGGUUUGCUGCUACAUGAUCUCAUGCAAGGAUUCCAUCAACAUAGACAUUGUGAUAGACUGGCUUAUCAAGCACUCGAGAACGGCAAAAUAACCAACGAGCACUCAGUGAUUCUGCUGCUCGCAGCCAACUGCCUGAUGAACUUUGCUACAGUUUGAUUUACCACUGCUUGAUUUGAAGAUAAAAUCUUAUCUGGAGAAUUCCUGAAUCUCAAGUUUGGUAGGAAGCAAUAAUUUGACACCCUUAGUGGCAAGGAAUCAUCAUCAUCGAGAAGAAUGUCUUAUAUGGUGUGUCUGUAACUCUGUACAGUCCUGUUUGUUCAGAUUUGGAUAAAUUAAAUGACUUCUUUGCAGUUUCUACCUGAAAUUGGUACUGUGUUAAAUAAAUUAAUUAUGUUACCCCUGUUUUGAUGAAAAA